UGCUAGUUAGUUGAAUCACUAAAAGUUUAUCAUGGAUCAGGGAAGAGUCAGUAACACAAGUAUUAUUCUAAUGUCACUAUUAUGUAUCUUGGUAUUUCAUUCUAACAUGAGUUUUGCAGCUGAAUACAUUGUUGGUGAUGGGAAAGGUUGGUCCUUUCAUGUUCAAAAUUGGACUUUGGGAAAAACUUUCAAGGAAGGUGACAUACUCGUGUUCAAUUACACCCCUGUGAUACACAACGUGGUGAUAGUGAAUGAGCUUCAAUACAAUUCAUGUGUGGCUAUUGGAGGAUCUAAAUUUUACUACAAAGGAGCAGAUAGAAUUACACUUGCCAAAGGAGCUAACUACUUCAUAUGUGGAACUCCUUUUCAUUGUAACCUUGGAAUGAAAAUUGCAGUUAAUGCUAGUUAA